AAGUUAUUUUAAUCUCACAAGGGCUCCAUUAUUUCCUUCUUCCCCAAUUUAAUUUAUUAUCAAUUUCCAAAUUACAGAUCCAUGGAAGAAUCAAUCCUACCUCCACAAAGCCUACCAGUUAUAUAUCUAUGCACAUAUAUACAUAUAUAUGCAGAAAGAUCUCACAGCACAGCAGAGCACCAAAACGACCAACCAAAUCCCAUUAUAUAUCACAAAAACCCUCUCCCAAAUCCAUUUGAAAAAUUAGGGAUUCCGAUCUCAAGAUCUUCCUUUAGAUUUAUUUAUUGAAGAUAAUGUUCUCUUUACAGGCCAGAGAUGAGCUGGUUUUUGGAAACCCUAAUUAUAUUAACAAUAAUAAUAAUAAUAAUUAUAAUUAUAAUAUUUCUCCUCAUCCUCAUCCUCAGCCAGCUGCAGACAAGAUCCUUCUUCUUCCCGAUCCAGCUAUCCAAAUUGCUCAUGGCGGUGGCGGCGGCGGCGGUGGCGCCGGUGGUGGUGCUCCAGCGAGGAAGAAAGAUGUCCUGUCAGGACAAAGUAGGGUUUUGCAUCGGGAAAUCGAGAGGAGGAGAAGACAAGAUAUGUCUAAUCUUCAUGCCAAGCUAAGGGGACUUCUUCCCAUCGAGUUCAUCAAGGGCAAACGAUCGAUUUGUGAUCACAUGCAAGAAGCCGUGAAUUACAUCAAAAACAUCAAGAGCAACAUCGAUGAACUGCGAAUUCGCCGAGAUAAGUUGAGAAAAUCUUGUGAUCAUUUAUCAAGGAAAGAAAUAUUAAUUGGCGAAACCUCCUCAAAUAAUAUUGGGAAUAAUAUAAUUUCACCUAAUUUUGUGAUGGUGAGCCUCGCCGGAGAAGGUUUGGAAAUUCUGAUCAGCUGCCGCUAUAUAAACACCGAUUUCCGGCUAUCGAAGAUGCUCGCCCAGCUGCUCGAAAAAAAUAUCAGUGUGGUUAGCUGUGUCUCUACCAACACAAAGGGGAGGUUUCUCCAUAAAAUCCAUGCUGAGGUGAGUGAUGUGUCAAGGAUUGAUCUAUUGGUCCUGCAAGAAAGACUGCAAGAAUCCAUCGAUCUUAAUUAACAGGCGAUGAGCUAGAGAGAGAUAGGGGAGAGAGAGAGAGAGAGAGAGAGAGUAAUUUGGCUGUUGGGGAAUUGAAUCUCAAAUUAUUUCUGGUUUAGGUCAUUAUAUUCAUUUUCAUAAUUGAUGCUUAAUUAUGUUAUUGCACUGGAUCUGGUGGAUCGUCUUCAUGCUUUCACUUCCUGUAUAUAUAAAAAUAAAUAAAAUUAAUAAUGUGCAUAUGUAUAAAUAUA